AUGCUUCUGGGUGUCAGGUUUGAACUGAUGCGCAUGUGCUGGCAGUACAAUCCGAAAAUGAGGCCUUCCUUCCUGGAAAUCAUCGGUAGCAUUAAGGACGAGCUGGAUCCAGCGUUCAAGGAGGUCUCCUUCUUCUACAGUGAAGAGAACAAGCCUCCAGAUACAGAGGAGCUUGACCUGGAGACUGAAAACAUGGAGAGCAUUCCUUUAGAUCCCUCCUCCACCCUCCAACCCACUGACAAGCACUCAGGACACAAAGCCGAGAACGGCCCGGGCGUGGUGGUCCUUCGGGCCAGCUUCGAGGAGAGACAGCCGUACGCACACAUGAACGGGGGACGCAAGAACGAGAGGGCCUUACCGUUGCCCCAGUCUUCGGCCUGCUGAUCCUUAGAACCCGAAUCUCACAGAAAUAAAACACAGAAAAACACGUGCAUUGGGGGAAGAAAGAAAGAAAAUUACAAUAUAUUCAAAAGCCUACUGUACCUCAGUGGAUCUUCAGAACUGCCAUAGCUGCACUUGGGAGAACCCUUUUUUUCAGUAAACAAG